AUGGCGGACGGCAACCCACCCACUCCCAUUCUUCUUCCUUCAACCCAAGCCGUGAGUCCUGUGAAUAAUCAUACGAUAACUACUUCUACUACCACCGCUCCGGAUACUUCUGUCCAACAUGCUCCCUUGAUGGAUAUUGACAAUUCUCCCGACGACCGUUCGAGGAGGGCUACCAGUGUGCUCUCUAUGGAUGACAUCGAGGCCGCGCAGGCGCUCGAGGGACUCCGCUCUGAAUUCGCCCAUUCUCCUCGCUCCCCGCCUCGUCCCACUCCCGACUCCAAACAACCUGAACCCCUCCUCUCCCUCCUCACCUCCACCCAUCCACUGAUUUCCUCCGCCAUCACCGGGUCUAUGACCGCCUAUACCACAUCGAAAUCAUACUCACCGCGUUUCAAGUCCGGCGCUGAAUUCAUCGAGCGGAAUAUCGGGUCGCCCGUUGCUAGUACCGUGGGUACGGUAGGCAGGAAGACAGGUGUCGAAAGCGGGUUGCGCUGGGCGCUGAAACAUCAGCGGGGGUCUGCUGCAAGCCGAUCGAAACGUCGUAAGGUGGAUAACCAGGAGCGAGAUUUGGAGAAGGGACGCGACGAGGACGAGAACUGCGACGUCACCGACGAAAAGGGCAUCAUGCGCACCGCGUCGGAGGUUUCCCUUCCGGAGACUUUGCCGCCGUACGAUAAUCAUACUUCGCCGAGCUAUGAUGAAGUUGGCCGAGAGAAGGCCGGGGCCACCAGGAACUCUAACUGGCAGAGUCGACUGGUCAUUUCGACUUCUGGGCUUGGUGUCGCGAUGAGUGAGGAAUCGCUGCGGAGCUUGCAGUACUGCCUUACCUGGCUGCGCUGGGCGAAUGGACGGCUGGGCAAAGCGAUCCUAGCUUUACAGGGUGCAUUGACGGAAUGGGAUUCUGGUUCUCGCCAAAGCAGGAACACGCUGCUGUCGCAGCGGAUCCAAGCUGUCAGGGAGGACGUUCUCUCCACCUUGAAACAGGUUGUCAACGUCGUCUCCAAGUACGCGGGAGGUGCCCUCCCGGAGAAUGCGCGGAACCUUGUCCGUCGCCAUCUGACGUCUUUGCCGCAUCGGUUCCAGAUCGCGUCUACAUCGCAACCUCCCCCUGACUCGCCCGAAUCGUCGUCUGAUGCCACUGUUGGCGCGCAUCGGAUUCUCGUCCUGGCGCAGGAGGGUCUAGAUAUGAUGGCGCAGGUCAGCGGAGUGGUUAACGACACUCUGGUGAGUGCGGAACACUGGUGCGAACGAUUAGGCAGGAAGCGCCCGGAGCGCAGCAAUGAAGAGACUCCUGCCAGUCAUCCAGCGGAUGUUAAGCAGCCAGUCGCGCAGAGCCCUGAUGUGCAGAUGACGGGUGUAGAGCAGGCUUAA